GGGAGGUCCCAGAGGGGGUGGGUGCUGGGCCCGGUCUACACGGCAGCCUGCAGAGGCUGCGGGAAUGCGUGGCCGCAGGCCGGUGUCAGGGUGGGACCCUGUCGGGCACCUGCCUGGGGUGUCCAGGCUGCGGGGUCCACAGUGGGGCAGCCCCGGCCCGGCUCCCUCCCUCAGCAGCCUCCAGCACCCCCACUGGCUCCUGUCCCCUCCUUGGAAGGCAAGUCCCUACGUCCUCAGAGACACCCAGGUCACAGGCCGGCGCCUGCAGUCACCCUGCCCCCUGCCUGCCGACCGGGUGACCUGGGGCCGCCCGCUGAUUUCCUGGGUGCUCCGGCUCCCGGCAUGCUCCUGGCCAGGGUUCCCCCCAGGGCCAGCUCUCUCUCUCCCUGCACUCCCCCGGCCCGACCCCCUUCCACCUGUCCCUCGGCCUCCAACACGCACCUGACAACCUGACACCUUGUGCCCAGGAGGCUACGCUUGUGGUGUGUGAUUCCCAAGUCUCCUAUUUUACAAGUUUUCCAAAGUUUGCUGGAAGCUCCAGCGGAGGCUCCUUGGGAUCAGGGAGCACCCGCAGGCGGCCCGUCUCCACCCUUUUUAGUAAUAAGCCGAGACCAGCGGGGGCAGGUCAAGGGUGCGGGGAGUGGGAGGCGGGGGAACAGGCCCGGGGACCCCCUGCACACCCCUGAGCAGGGAGAGAGCCAGGACCACCUGUCCUCAGCCUGCCCCGCCCGGCCCCCUGUAACCUGACACCGGGUCUGGGGCCACCCUCCUGGUACCUGGCCAGUUCACCACUUUCAGAAAAGCCAGGAAACAGAAACUUUGGGGAAAGGAAACCACUGGGGAAGGUGGGGCCCCGAGCUGCCUCCCGCGUCCGCAUUCUGCGAGCUGCACCUGCCACCAUGAGCCGCGCCCCUCGGCCCUUGCUCCCUGGCGCCCGCGCCGCCGGCCCCCCCACCUACGAGAUGCUCAAGGAAGAGCACGAGGUGGUGGUCCUCGGGGGGGCGCCCCAGAGCGCAGCUCCCGCUACCACCACCGUGAUCAACAUCCGCGGUGACACAGUCGUGCCCGACCACGUCGUCUGGUCCCUGUUCAACACCGUCUUCAUGAACUGGUGUUGCCUGGGCUUCGUGGCCUUCGCCUACUCCGAGAAGACCAGGGACCGGAAGAUGGCGGGCGACCUGACCGGGGCGCAGAGCUUCGCCUCCACCGCCAGGUGCCUCAACAUCUGGGCGCUGGUCCUGGGCCUCCUCCUGACCGUCACCUUCGUCAUUCUUGUCUCAACCGGCUCCCUGGUGAUUUUCGAAACAGUUUCCGAGAUGGUAAAACAUUACGGAGGGUCGUAGUCGGCGCCGGAGGCCUCGGGGCCCCUCCCGUCGCACUGUCACCUUCACGUCCCUCUAGCGCUGGUGUCAAUAAAGCACGUGCCUGUGA